AGUGGCUUCUUGUCUCCUAUAGAUGGAAGUCUACACCAGACAACCCUUCCUGUGAAGCAAUGCCUAGUAGUUCUCAUGGAUAGGAAAGUAAAACGAAACCUAGUUCACGUCUAACUAUAUGCACAAUGUGCUCUUCAUUUAAAACUGUGCAGGACAUUUCUCUAAGACCAUCAACAAUGACCUCAAAGUCUUGGAACUCAUCUUUCUCUAGAAUACUACUGAUACUUUGUAUAGUUGUUGCAGGGAUUUCAAUAGGAAUUCAGUGGAUCACGAGUGGUCAUAGAAUGUAUCUCAAGCAACAAAAACAGGAUUUGGAUGAUACAGUGCAUCAUCCAGGCGAGCCGCUCCGGAUUCUUUUGGUUGGAAAAACAGGGGUGGGGAAAAGCACAACAGGCAACACUAUCCUGGGACAGAAGGUUUUUAAAUCAGAGAUAUCAUCCUCCUCUGUGACUGGACAAUGUAAAAAAAAUAAUGCAAUAAUAAAUAGCAGAAAAGUUUCUGUCAUUGACUCUCCAGGUUUGUUUGACACCAGCCUAACAACAGAGGAAGUGGUCAACAGAAUUAAACUCUGUAUCCCACUCUCUGCUCCUGGUCCACAUGUCUUCUUAGUUGUGAUAAAGCUGGGCAGAUUCACAGAUGAAGAGGCAGAAGCUGUUAGAAUCAUUCAAGCUGUUUUUGGUGAGGAAUCCUCCAAUUACAUCAUGGUACUGUUCACUCAUGGAGAUCGACUGGAGGGCAAAAACAUUCACACAUUUGUGCGGGACAACCCAAAACUGCUCAAUUUCAUCAAAACAUGCAGUGGACGAUACCAUGUGUUCAACAAUAAAGAACAAAAUCCUGAACAGGUCAUUCAGUUGCUCGACCAGAUUGAUAAAAUGGUCACAGGGAAUGGUGGGCGAUACUACACCAGUGAGAUGCUUGAAAGGGCUGAGAGAGCGAUUGAGAAAGAGAAACAACGUAUCCUGAAGGAGAGAGAGGAACAGAGACAGAGAGAGAUAGAUGCUCUGAGGACUGAACUUGAAGAUGAGGCCUAUGAAAAAGCAUUACAAAAGUUAAACAAUAAUAAAUGACCAGCUGGCAAGAUACCAAGCUCAGAAUGAUCUUUCAUUCUUAAUCCAAGGGGUCAGUUCUUUGAUGAAAGCAUUAAGCAAAUUCUUAUAUUGAUUACCUUCUGAUGUGACCCAUGUGUUGCUACUGAAAAACUAAAUUAACUGCAGAAGGCAUUUCAAAUCUCAAGAUGAAGAGUUUAUGUUUGAAGUUAAAUAGUCAAAUCAUUAAUAAGUAGAAUUAAAGCACAUGUUUACCUUCUGGUCAAUGGGACAUAAGAAAGUUUAAUAAUGUGAAAAGGUGAACAUGAAAUGUCUGAUAAAUGUGUCUCUUUGUAGUACAAACUUGUUUGUACAAUAUAUGAAGCAGAAGUGUAUAUUUGAAGGUUGGAAAACUCCACAUAACAAGCAUCUUUGUUUUGUGCAAGUCACAAUAAAAGCACAUCUAGAAACACAA